AUGCAUCUCGUUUGGAGCUUUCAGGUCUUUCUAAUCGGCCUGGCAAACAGUGCUGCCUUGAAACCACGGAUCGACAAUGGCUUGGCCAAAACACCACCCAUGGGGUGGAAUACGUAUAACCAUUAUGCAUGCUCGCCCAACGAGGCAAUCGUCAAAUCUAACGCGAAGGCCUUAGUUGAUCUUGGCCUCGACAACCUUGGGUAUCGCUACGUGACGAUAGACUGUGGCUGGACAAUUCCCGACCGUGUAAAUGGUUCCUUGACCUGGAAUGAAACGAAUUUCCCCAGUGGAUUCCCCGCGAUCGGGCAAUACAUUCAUGACCUAGGACUUCUUUUCGGAGUCUAUGAAGAUGCGGGCAUUCGUUCUUGUCAGACGGACAUUGAACAGGCCGGGAGUUUGUACCACGAGGCUCAAGAUGCGGCACUGUUUACAUCAUGGAAAAUUGAUGCUUUGAAGUACGACAAUUGCUUCUCUGAUGAAGCAACCGGCUACCCCAACGUCAACUAUGAACCCAGUACAUCCCCGCAGCCUCGCUUUGCCAACAUGACCAAGGCGCUGGCAGCACAAAACCGGGCGGUUUUGUUCCAAAUUUGCGAAUGGGGGAUUGAUUUCCCAGCACUGUGGGCGCCCGCUCUUGGUCAUACAUGGCGCAUCGGCAACGACAUUAUUCCUGCCUGGCGCGCUAUUUGGCGCACGCUCAAUCAAGCGGUUCCCCAAACCUCCUUCGCGGGUCCGGGUCAAUGGCCAGAUCUCGAUAUGCUGGAGGUUGGGAAUGAUAUUCUCACGAUCCCGGAGGAGCAGACUCAUCUCUCGCUAUGGGCUAUCUUGAAAAGUCCCCUCGUUAUUGGAGGGGCCUUGAAAGACGACUUGACCUCAAUCAACAAAGACUCUCUUGCCAUCCUAUCCAACAAGGAUGUGAUUGGAUUCAACCAGGACUCUCUCGGAAAGAGUGCCGAAUUGAAGCGACGUUGGUCUGAGGAGGGAUAUGAGGUUUGGAGCGGCCCUCUAUCUAAUGGGCGGACUGUGGCCGCAUUAAUCAACUGGGCAGAUGAGACUCGAGAGCUGACACUGAAUCUACCCGAUAUUGGUGUUCAAUUUGCUGGUCGGGUCAAGGAUAUAUGGGCAGGUAAGUCGGUACAAAACGUGAAAACGUCAUAUACUUCUACUGUUCAGCCCCAUGGGGUAAUGCUGCUGGAGCUUGAUGAUACGAUCGCUGCCGGCUCAUACAGCAGCAAUGACUUUGCAAGUGUCAAUGGAAACACUUAUACAUUUGAGUCGAUCUAUGCAAAUACCUCGAGCAGUAACCAUGCCAUUGUCGUCCAGUUUGCUAGCGCCACGAAGAAAUCAAGCCUGAAAAUUACAGAUUCUUUGGAGCAAAUUACGAAAACUGUUUCAGUGCCGGCCUCUCAAAAGUCCGUUUCCGCGAAACUCGCACUUUCUGCCGGAGGGGACAACAAACUCGUCAUCGAAUCUCCCAAUACAAUUAAGUCGAUUGAAAUCCAAACCCCGGCGGGAAAAUAUUAUCCUUGCACGGAAUUCUCGAUUUCCGGCUCUGCCAAGAUCGAGACUUGUGACUCGGGAUUUUGCAAGCCCACUGGCUCCAAGCUGUCAUACAUCAACAGCUCGAACAAAGGAUCCGCAAAUGUCCAAGUCACACUACCGGCAAGUUCUAAGAACGAAACCAUCUUGAAGUACAUCGAGGUCGACUUCACAAAUAAUGACAUAGCACUUUCAACAUCUUGGGGGCUUGGUUCCAACUCGCGCAACAUUACGAUUUCCGUCAAUGACGACAAGCCUGUGCGACUAGAAGUCCCCCUAUCAGGAAAACACAGUGAGCUUUUCGGCCCCGGAAAGGGAUGGUGGGACACGUCGACCUUGGGACUUUUGGUUGGCGGAUGGAAGAGUGGCGACAACGUUGUGGUUGUGGGGAACGAAGCAGGCGAUGAUUCUUUUCAAAGCUAUGGGGCAGACUUCGUGGGGUUGAAGGUUUUCGACUAG